CCACCGCUCUCCUGCGGCUGCUCUCUGCUUCAUCCUCGCCGGCUGCACACAUCGCGGUGAUGCGCAGGCGCACACAUGCCCUGCAGAUCUUGUGUGGAAUAGCACCCUUGUUACUCUAGGUUACAGUGUGACAUCAUGGAUUUGAUAAUAACUAACAUAAAAAAGGAUACAGAUGCUGAUGCCCAUUCGGUCCAUGGGUCCAACAAGCGCCCUGUACUGCUGGUUUCCACCAACCCCACAGUUGUGAAGUUGCCCCCAACAGCCUGCCAAGAUAUACAAUACCAGCUGGUGGAGGAACAGAGGGACAGAAGAGGGAUGGCGCUCACCGCAGUUAGUACGCAGUUGCGUUUUAGUCAUUUGGAUGCCCAGGAGAUACUCCUCAGAUCACCCAAACAGGAACCCCUUGAGGAGAACAGAGAUCAUGAAAGACAAGCUGCCCCCCAAGGUCCUGAUGGUAGAGAUAGUCCCAUCGCUGACACUUCCAUGUGUUUGUGUGACACCUGUGGAUGCCGGCAUGUGGUGGGGGAAACAUGCGAGACAUGUGGUGAAAUCUGCGACGUCAAAGAGAGGUCCUUGAUCCUGGAGACAUCACCAGUGCUUGGGGUAGGAAAUGAGGCCCCUAAACCUGUGAAGAAACGAAGACCCAAAGAAUACAAGAGUCCAGCGGAGUCCGAAGUGGAGCUUAUGAGAGACCGGAAACCAUUGGGCGACUCUGAAGAAUCCAAUGUCAGGAGCCCUGAGAGAGAGGAUUGGAGCCACAAAGACACCCGUGUUUCUGGAGAUGAGUUGGUUGAGACUUGGUCCUGGUCUUCCUACCUAGAGGAGCAACAAUGUAUAGCUGCUCCCCUCAAUCUCUUUCGGGAGUGGCAGCUGGGAACCCAACACAAGAAUGGAUUUAAGGUGGGAAUGAAGUUAGAGGGGAUCGACCCUCAGCAUCCCUCAAUGUACUUCAUCCUGACUGUAGCUGAGGUUUGUGGUUUUCGGAUAAGGCUUCAUUUUGAUGGAUAUUCUGAUUGCCAUGAUUUCUGGGUAAACGCUGACUCUCCCGAUAUUCACCCUGCAGGCUGGUGUGAGAAAACCGGUCACAAGCUACAGCCUCCAAAAGGGUAUAAAGACGAAGAUUUCAGCUGGACUAACUAUCUGAGAUUAACCAAGGCUCCUGUGGCCCCAAAACAUCUAUUUGUGACCCCAAAAAUUGGUAUGCCCCCGUCCUUGUUCCGUGUGGGAAUGAAACUGGAGGCAGUGGAUAGAAUGAACCCAUCCCUGAUCUGCGUGGCCAGCGUAACCGACGUGGUGGAGGAUCGAUUCCUUGUGCACUUUGACAACUGGGGGGACACCUAUGACUACUGGUGUGACCCUAGUAGUCCAUAUGUUCACCCUGUAGGUUGGUGCCAAGAGCAUGGAAAAUCCCUGACUGCUCCUCAGGAUUAUCCAGACCCUAAUAACUUCACAUGGGAAAAGUACUUAUCGGAGACGGGAGCCACUGCAGUGCCUGCCCGAGCCUUCCACAAGCGUCCUCCACAUGGGUUUAAGGUCAACAUGAGACUGGAAGCUGUAGACAGGAGAAGCCCAUCGAUGAUCCGUGUAUCGGCGGUGGUAGAUGUGGAGGAGUGCAGGAUCAAGGUGCAUUUUGAUGGCUGGAGUCACCUAUACGAUUUCUGGUUGGAUGCUGAUCACCCAGAUUUGCACCCCGCAGGCUGGUGCCAGAGAACCGGACACCCCCUACAGACACCACUCCGACACAGGGAUGUUCCUAGCAUGUCGCCGGCAGCUUGCGUAUCCCUCAGCUGUAAGGGAAUAUCGCAUUCAAGAAGCAGCAAAUACAGUUUCCAGCACAGGAAGUGUCCUACUCCUGGUUGUGAUGGAUCAGGUCAUGUCACCGGCCGGUUCACGGCUCACCACUGUCUAUCUGGCUGCCCGUUGGCUGACCGGAACCAGCAGCCGGGGAGGAGCAGAAACCCAAUCCCGUUCCCACCGCGCAGGAAAUCCCGACACCACGGCAGGAUUGGACGCCCUCCCAAAUAUCGACGGGUCCAACAAGACAAUUUCCAGGACCCCAUGCACCAGUCACUUUUCAUGUCGGCUCUCUCUGUGCACCCGGAUCGUGCCCUCGCUCACUGCUGGGAGCAAAACUGCCGCCUCUUGCCCGGUGUUGCCGGAAUAAGUGCCAGCACGGUAUCUAAGUGGAGCACAGAAGAGGUCUGUAACUUUGUGCAGACAUUGACGGGGUGUGAGGACCAGGCGCGGCUAUUCAAAGACGAGAUGAUAGACGGACAGGCCCUCCUGCUUCUCACCCAGACGGACAUCGUUAAGAUCCUGUGCAUUAAACUGGGACCUGCGGUCAAGAUCUACAACUCCAUCCUUAUGUUCAAGAACACGGAGGACUCUGUGGACUGACUUUCCUGCUGGUCAUCCUUAUAAUAAUUCACUGCCUAGUGGCCUGUGACAUCUCCGCGUUGACCUACAUCCUUCUCUGUGUUCAUACGAUGACCUUGUGUACAUGUUGUGCACUUCCGUCCCCACGUCUGAUAGACACGCGUCUGAGGCCAACGUUGUAACAAAAAACUGGGUCUGCGGUCGAUAACUUUUGUGAACUGAUUUGCUUAUUAUUAUUUUUUUGAUCCUUCAUUCACACCACCACCCGUUAAAUGUAUCUAAUAGGCCUGUAACAUGUGGCUGUACAAUGCAUUAACUCUCCUUCCGAUGUGA